AUGGCGAGAAACACUACACGGCACAGCGACCCUGCCGACUCCAAGAUGGUGGAAGCACUCACACAUGCACCUCGAGGUACACUGCAUCCACCUACCGAGAAACCCAGCUACCUAAGCGGCUCCACAACCUCGCUGAAGGCUAUAUUUGCCAGAUUUUGGGCCAAGCUGAGGGCACAUAUGGCUACCCCCACCUCCUCAUCUGCAACACCGGCAAAGCAGAAUCGGAAGAAAGUGCAGGGAAGGCCCCCUCUGGGCAAUCAUAUCGAGCACACUCCUGUCUCCCCCAAAGAACACCCGCCCUGGACUGAGGGCCACAAAGGGCUUGCCCAGGAAACACUGCCCACACAAGCGAAGGCCUGCCGGUACCAUACCAUCAGGACCUCGCGCAAUCCCACUCCUAGGAAGGAUUCGCAGAGCCCUCAAGUCUGUGGCUUAGUGGUGUUGGCCACUACAAGGAUCCAGGGCUGGAAGGACGCCACCCCCGGUCAUUGUCCAACCGUUCUCUCACCGGUUAUGCGUCUCAGAGUGAAAGACUCUCCUCCAAAGCCACUAUGCGGUGUGGGCCUAAAGCUGCCCCAGGGAUAUCACGCUGAUUGGCACUACAGAGUUAUCCAACUCCUUGCCUGCACCGACAUCUCUGCCGAGGCAUCCAGCGGAAUAUAA